GCAUGAUAGAUUAUGUUUAUAAUCAAAUAUUGAAACAAACAAAUUUGAUCAAAACUGUGAUGUCUUUAUAAGAAAAUGAAAUGUCAUUGAACAUAGUACUUAAGGACAUAAGUACUUACGUGUUACCACAUGGCUUAAUAUUUGUUACAUAAUAUUGCAUUUUUAAAAGCAUAGCAAGGGUAGAAUGAGUGAGGCAAAGCCCACCCACUCCACCUCAUGUGCUCUUUACAUUCUCAAGGUUUUAGUUUAUGGGUGCAUAUAUGUGUGUUUUUUAGUCAUAUCAAUAAAUCAUAGUAAAAGAUUAUAGGAAGUGAGUUUCCAAAGCACAUUUAAGUCCGCAUUUCCUUGAGCAGGCUUUCUUUUUGCAUAUAUUCCUAAAGGGGAUAAACAAAGUUUUUGUAGUUACAGUGAAAGCUAAAAGCAUGGCAUCAGAAAGUGUAUGGAGAUAGGGAGGUCUUAUCAUGGGAUGUGGUUGCUGUGAGCAGGGCUGCCUUCCCACACAAAGAACAGAUUGUGGUUUAACUCUUUCCAUGGCCUAGUUUAAUGUGCUCGCAUAGUAACUGAAUUGUUCAAAUCUCUGCUGGAAACUACUGAUCGGUUUAAUGAUUUCCUCUAUGGCAUUUGGUUAUGCCUCAUGCUGUGAUGUAAUCAUCAGCAUUCUGUAUUGUUAUAAAAUUUUGAUUCAUACUUAUCCUGGUGAAGGAACACUUACAGCAAUGUUAGAACGCUUUUGAUAACUACAUUAUUGAUUGGAUGGGACAUGUACUCCUUCCAUAUCUGAAGUACAAACAGCUAACAUGUUGCAGUCUGUAGCAUUAAAACUUUGAAUUUCUUCUUAAAAAUACAUUCAUAUCUAUAUUGGAUUUUUUUUGACACCUUCUUUGUUAAAGAGUCAUUAGUUGUACUUUCAUCAUAUUUACCUAAUGGAAUUAGUUAGUCUUCUGUUAAACAUAAUCUAUUCCACGUAGUUCAGGGUGAUUAACAUGAGUAUGUAAAUUCUAACUUGGGAUACAAUCAGAGAGAGUUAUUUUGUAGUUGGGCUGACAAUAUAGUCAAUAUGGUCAGAAAAGUGGUGGUGGAAGUUCUCAUUUGCUUGAAAUCUUGGCUUAUUGCAUACAUACGGUGUGCAUGCACUGGACGUUAAGCUCUUUCUCUUUGAACAGUAAUAGGCGUAAGCUUUUAAGACAGGUUUUACCUAAAUCAGGAAGUAAUGAAACUGACUGCACUGGGAAGUGACUUGAAAUAUCUGUAGGUAAAGAUUAUCCACCAUUCCUCACUGAUCCCGUCCUUUAAAAAAAGGCUUGGAUGAAACAGGCAGGAAAAAUGCAGGAGCCUAAAGGUAAACUACUUAAUUCAAAAUAUUGGUACUCAAUAGUAUAUGUACCUGCGAAUUCACAUGCACGUGCAUAUAUGCACCCACAGUUCUAGCUGAUAAUUCAUCUACAUGGCAAAUGAAUUGUAUAGAUUCCACAAAAGCAGUAACUGACCAGCAGUGCACUCCUGGUGUCACCCCACCACAGCAUGCAGAGACACAAAGAAUGUAAAGUUGGUGCCAAGUUGCCAUUUUUCAUUGUUCACCUCAGAUUGAUUUUUAAGAGGUUUAGAAUAAUUGCUAUACUCAUGUGAUCGGUGAACAAAUUAACGGACUCUGUGGGGCUGCAUAUUCUAUAGGGAAGCUGCUGGAAGAACAUUCAUGUAAUUUUUGUUUUCAAGUUUGAAAACUUCUAUUUAAAAAUGCAAGAGUGUAUGUGAGAAAGCACAAGAGUGCAAGUGUGUGUGUGUUGGGAGCUGGCGUUGGUAGUGUGGGGAGAGAAUGCACUGCUCAAAGUAUGGAAACCUUCUGUUCAGGACACAGAUACAACGAGCUAUGUCCUUUGCCCACUUUCCCUCACUGUAUACUGGUUUCUCUAGUUACCACUCUUGGAAUGGUGCUGUUUCAGUGUUGGAAUGUUGGACGUUUGAUAAGAAAAUGGAUCAAGUUUAAUGGCGCAUGCUCUUUGUGCCACCAGCAGCCUCUUGCUGAGAGCAUGCUCCAAAAGCGGGAACUGUGUGGCAUUACACUGAGCAUCUAUAUGCUUUGUGUUUCUGUGCCACAGAGAAGAGAAAUGAACUGUGGCAUCGCUCCUGCCUUCUGAACAGCUCUGCUCCGAUUAAAAAAAAAAAAUCUCACUGUGUUCUUUGUAAAAUGGAUGAAUUUCACCCAUUCAUCGAGGCACUUCUUCCACAUGUCCGUGCAAUUGCCUAUACUUGGUUCAACCUGCAGGCUCGAAAACGCAAGUACUUUAAAAAGCAUGAGAAGCGAAUGUCAAAGGAUGAAGAAAGAGCAGUCAAAGAUGAGCUUCUCAGUGAAAAGCCUGAAAUCAAACAGAAGUGGGCAUCCAGGCUCCUGGCCAAACUGCGCAAAGAUAUUCGCCAGGAGUAUCGAGAGGACUUUGUGCUCACCGUGACUGGCAAGAAGCACCCGUGCUGUGUCUUAUCCAAUCCCGACCAGAAGGGUAAGAUUAGGAGAAUCGACUGCUUGCGACAGGCAGACAAAGUCUGGCGUCUGGAUCUAGUCAUGGUGAUCCUGUUCAAAGGCAUCCCCUUGGAAAGUACCGAUGGAGAGCGGCUCAUGAAAUCCCCACAUUGCACAAACCCAGCACUUUGUGUCCAGCCACAUCAUAUCACAGUAUCAGUUAAGGAGCUUGAUUUGUUUUUGGCAUACUACGUGCAGGAGCAAGGUAGGAGCAGAUUGUUCUUUUUUCUAGCACGGCAAACACUGCACACAGACCUCUGUAGACAGAGUAUCUGGCUUGAGUUAGAUGGUUCUCAAGGCCCCUAGAUAUCCUCCACCCUCUCUGGGUACAGUAGGGUAUCCGCUUUCACUCACAUGUCCACUGCUAUGUGCGAGCCAUGUAAAUAGACACGGGGCUUUUAUACCUGGAUAGGCUUGGAUACUUAAGAAAGACCACAAAGAGGUGUGUUUUCAAGUAUCUAAUAAUACUAUUUUUCAAAGACAUAGGGUAGUCUAACAAAUGUAGUUAAUUACCCUAUACUUUCUGUGGUAGGCUACAUUUUUGCAUCUAGUCUAGUAAUCUUUUCCUGAUUUGAAAAUGUAACUUUAUUUAUGAAUAGUCAAACCAUUCUAAGUAACUUUUGUAUUAAUCUUUUUAAUUAAUGAGAUAGAGGAACUUUGUUUAUGAAUUUAGUGGUAUUGCACUGAAAAUAGAACUAAUGUUUACUAUUACAAAAUGCUUAAGAUAGAUAGUAUCAAAAAUAUAUCUUACAUAGACCUAGAUUUACUUAAUUUUAAUAUUUCUGUCAUCGCUUUUGAUUGUGCAGUAUUCACUGUCGAUUAAAUAGAAUUGAGUUAUUAUUUAAAUUAUUUAUAAUAUGUUCCCAGAGUUACUUGGGAACACUUAAUAAUGUUAGUUUACUUGUAUGUAAAUUCAUAAAACUUACCGAGGAGGAAAGUCACAGCGCUACUUACAGAACAAAAAUAGAAAGUGGACUGGUUACACUGGUUUAAAAUAAAUUUCAAAAAGAAUACAGAAACUGCAUACCAUACCUAUUAUUUAAAAUACCUGAUAAGGAGAGUGGUAUAAAUGUUGCCUAAAUAAUUAAAAAAGAUGAUGUUAUUACUGAAUACUUCAGUUAAUGAAAUGUUUAUUUUUAUUUUUCUUAAUAUAUUUUCCUUAAGUAGGUAAGAAUUUCUUUUCUUCAAAUAAAUGCAUCAAGAUAUAGAUGUCCUUGCAUUAGCAACAAUCCAUAGUAAAACAAUCAUUUUACAAAGCCGCAUACCAAAAGUAGACUGAAGUUUGAGCUGUCACAGAUGGUGGGUCAUUUCCAAACUUGCCUGAUGGGAAGAGAAAUGGCCUGCAGAUAGCCAGGUGACAGACUGUUAUCUGAUGUUCAUUAUAUAAAUGUGAGACUUAACACAUUGCUAUGAGCUUUAUUAUUCAAAAAAAAUCAAAAUUACUUUUUUGACUCUGAAUUCUAGGUACUCACUAUGUGCUUUUUGGCUUGAUUUUCUUGUAGCUUUGGAGAUAUGCUUAAGUGUCAUUUUAGAAUUUUUAGUCUGAUUUUAAAUAAUGGUGUUGGACAUUGCACAUUUAGAAAUAUUACCUGUUCCUGAAAAAAUGAAACAUUGUGUUUAAUAUUUCCAUGCAUUUAAGAAUUACAGUCCAAAUAAUGAAGGUUUGGGGAAAAUAAUAUUUUUGUCCCAUGUGUCCUAAAAUAAAACUCAGUAACACAUGACAAUUAUUUGAUUGACAGAUGUCCAGGAGGUGACACUUUAAGGUGGGCUGUAUAUAUGUGUUGGAUUGACUAUAAAUGUGUUGUAACUGUGUUGUGAAAGUCAAGGAUGGAAGUAAAAUUUCAAAAAGUGGGUCAUGUAACUUUUUAGUGCAGGGAGGGAAGAUUUGCAACGACUUUACUACUGCUCACAUUUUAAGUUGCUUGAAGGCUAGGUUUUGAGGUGUGCCUGCCUGCAUGCACAUUUACUCCUGGGGCAGGCAGCCAGAUCUCUUAAUUUUGAUGAACUGACAAUAAAGAUUUGUAAAGAUAGAUUGAAAAAAAAAAACGCAUAAAUACCUUCCAUGUUGCACCACUGGUCAUGAUAAUCAAAAAGUUUUAAGCAACUCAUAGAGACCAUGUUUUUAGAUAAAACAUUUAUUUUGUUGUUGUUAGUUCAACUAUCUCUAUUGUAAGAACUUUUCAUUAUUUUAUCUUGCGCAUCUAACUUGUAUCCUCUGCUACCUGCCAGUGCAUCAUCUUCUCUUAGCAUCUUUUGGUUCUUCCUUUGAAAAACUCACGUCAGGAUGCUUUUGUGUUUUCCCCUUUUCAAAAUUUAUAUAUUUUUCCUUGUUAAGUGUAGGUUAGUUAUGUCAUUUUGUAGUGCAAUUGAUUAAAGAAGGCAGAUUUUAAAAGAUAAUUCUCUAGUCAGUCAGAGGGCUGCAUAUUGCGAGUGAUGACUUUUUAUUUCUCUUCUAAGGACAUGAUAACUCACCUAAGUCUGUUUUAUAAAUCAGGUAAAGAAGUAUAAAUGAAAAUAUGAAAGAAAAAUCAGAAAAGAGAAAUGUAAUGUUUGCAACAGAAAGAGCAACAAAAUUACAUUUCCCCCUUUCUCUCUCUCCCCACUUCUAAAUGACUGGGAGAAAAACAUGAGAAAGAACAGAGAGAAUGCCAAAGAUGGUUGCCACUGGCACCAGGAUUGGCAUCAGACCCUCUUUGUUUAGCUCAGGAUGCCUGUGAUUUGUUAGUUGGCAUCCGCAUUGCAGUGUGGAGUGAUGUUACAAUAUAUUGACAAUUUCCAGAUCUAGAAAUGUCAAUAGUCCUCUUGGUUAUUUAUACAAGAUCACAUACUGCAUCUCUUCUGGAAGAUGAAAUAAAGACCAUCAUGUACUAAAGUUUCAUUGUUGACCAACUUCCUAUGCUUUUCUUUUUCCCUCUUUCUCUUUUGGUUCAACCCACACUUUUUUUCCUUCUUCAUGCCCAGCAGCCUCAUCUUUCUGAAAUGUGGGAAGAGUUACUAGAGCUUUGACACAAGCUAUAGUGCUACAUCUGCAUCUGAUAUGGUUUGGGGAAACAUUUAUGCUUUUUGAAAUCAUUUUUGAUACAUAGUUCAUUAGACUUUUGCAUUAUAUGGCCAUGAGGCAGUAUUUUCUUUAAAGCUUAAUCUCUUUGUUAUUCGGCUACUAUGCAUAUAGUCUAGUUGACCGCAAUUCAGUCCAUUUUGCUAUUUCCUUAUAUUAGCAAAGGCUGAUGUUCAGUAUAGUUGUUUAUAAAAUUCAAUGCCCCCCUGCACUUCACCUAAAAUGUACACAUCAUUUGGGAGUAACUGUGUUUAAAUCCAUAAAAUCAUUUGAUGUUAUUGAUUCAGGGGCUGCGCUUCGGCUGUUUCGUUGCUACAAGAACCGCCAUUUUGUUUGUGAAGUGCCAGGCGAGGG